GACUGUCUGGGGAGGGCAGGGGAGAGCCUUGUGCUGGCCACGGGCACUCUCUGCAAAGCGGUCAGCAGGACGAUGCGGGCCUUCUCCUGGGCUCCUCCUUGCACCCGCUAACACACCUUGCAGCCCUGCAAUCUCCUCUACAGGGCCCAAGAUGUACCCUGGGGCGUUGUGGGUGGCCCUGCCCACGCUGUCCCUGCUGGCUUGUUCCCUGCAGGGGAAGCCUUUACAGAGUUGGGGAAGGGUGUCUGCUCAGGGAAACACCCGCAACUUUCUGGAGGAACCUGGAGGAGGGCGGCAGGAGGGCAUCUUUGACCUGAAGGUGUUCCUGGAGAACAUGAAGGUGGAUUUCCUACGCAGCCUCAACCUGAGCGGGGUCCCCUCCCAGGACAAAACUAGACUGGAGCCGCCACAGUACAUGAUCGACCUCUACAACAGGUACACCACUGACAAAUCGUCCACCCCAGCCUCCAACAUCGUGCGGAGCUUCAGCGUGGAAGAUGUUGUCUCUACAACUGCUACAGAGGACUUGCCCUUCCAGAAACACAUCCUUCUCUUCAACAUCUCCAUCCCCAGGCAUGAGCAAAUCACCAGGGCUGAACUCCGUCUCUAUGUCUCCUGUCAAAAUCACGUGGACCUGUCUCAUGGGCUAGAAGGAAACAUGGUCAUCUACGAUGUGCUGGAUGGAGAAGAUGCCUCAGGCACCAAAACUUUCUUGGUGUCCCAGGACAUUCAAGAGGAGGGCUGGGAGACCUUGGAAGUGUCCAGUGCUGUGAAGCGAUGGGUCAGAGCAGAUUCCACCAAUAGCAAAAAUAAGCUGGAAGUAACUGUGGAGAGUCAUAGGAAGGGCUGUGACACACUGGACAUCAGUGUCCCGCCAGGUUCCAAAAACCUACCCUUCUUUGUCGUCUUCUCCAAUGACCGCAGCAAUGGGACCAAGGACACCAGGCUGGAGCUCAGGGAGAUGAUUGGCCAUGAGCAGGAAAGCAUUCUUAGGAAGACACCCAAGAAAAGCUAUAGGGAGGCAGGCGAGAGCCAUGAGGAUGAGGAGGAAGAGGAGGAUGUGGACAGCCACAUGGUCACAGGUUUGUCUUUAGCCAGACGGAAGAGAAGCACAGGGGCCAGCAGCCACUGUCAGAAGACUUCACUGAGGGUGAACUUUGAGGACAUCGGCUGGGACAGCUGGAUCAUUGCACCGAAGGAGUAUGAUGCCUACGAGUGUAAAGGUGGCUGCUUCUUCCCCCUGGCCGAUGAUGUGACACCAACAAAGCAUGCCAUUGUGCAGACCCUGGUGCAUCUCAAGUUCCCCACAAAGGUGGGCAAGGCCUGCUGUGUACCCACCAAACUGAGCCCCAUCUCCAUCCUCUACAAGGAUGACAUGGGGGUCCCCACUCUCAAGUACCACUAUGAGGGGAUGAGCGUGGCAGAGUGUGGGUGCAGGUAGUGGCUGCCCUCCAGACUGGGGGAGGCAGGGAGGGAAUAGGGAUUCUGAUAAGAGACCCUGUGUCCCCUGGGCAUGACAGGGAAUAAGUUGAUCUGCAUGCUAUCCAGAGAAAGAAAGGGAAUCUGCUGUCCCUUUCAUACCCCACCCAAAGUAGACACGACUGGGUCCCACUGGUGGAGAAGGUGACGACUGGAGAGCCUAGAAGGGCUGCUUGGAUGGAAGGGAGAUGAUAGGGGAACAUGAGAAAAGAAAAUCCAGAGCAGAAACUAGUCAGAAGAGAAUAGACAGGUGACAAGCAAACAUUUAUAGAAAAUACAGAGGUCCAGGAGGAUGGGCUUACUCCAGUAACCUUUGGGAGAGAAGAGGAAAGGAACAAGCUUCCACCUGUCAUUUUAUGUCAUUUCCCACACCAAAGUGAGUUGGGCAUUAUGACCUCUGAUUUACAGAUAUAGAAAUCAAAACCUAGGCAGGUGAGUUAGUACUGAUUAAUGGGUGGAAUUCCAACCCAGGUUUGAGUGACAUCAAAGCCUGGGACUUUCCCAUUGAGUUUAGCAUGUCACUCUGUACUAAAAGUGCAAUUAGACAUUGGGAGGCCUGAGUACUGAGGACAGGUAGAGCUGAGCCCCAGUUGGUACUUACCUGUGUGAUGGGGCUACUCAUUAUAUCUAGGACACAACCUUUCUGUGUGGUGCCUAUGCUCAUUCUGUGACUAAAUGCUUUAUAAUACCACCAUUGAGUCACUGAGAAACUACCCCCAAACCAACUGCAGGAUGGAGAAAGCAGUUUAGGAUGGCAGCACCUCUGACAUGCAUCAUGACUGGAGCUACUUUGACUCUCUGGUGCAGAACUCAUAUAAUCACUUUGUGGUAGUCUGGGAGACAGACUAUGGUCUCAGCCUCUCUAGUUUCCCACUGAUUAGAAGGCAUCCAUGAGUGUUCCCUGCCAAAGAACUCCACAGAAGAUAGGAACAGAAUUUGAAUUUGUUGGAAUUAAGUAUGCUUUUGGUUUGGUAUGUGAAACAUCCCUAUUUUUACUUCUUGGUGACAUACACUCAAGUGAUAAGACGUCCAGUCUUCCUGGGUGUGAACCCUCUAGCCUAUGAAGACAUCUAGUACUUAUUGGCUGCCACUGGCUCUGCCUGUUCUUGCCAGUUUUCUUGAGCAACGUGUGUUCUGCCUCCACGGGCUCCAGAGGAGAGAGUUUCCAUUUCCUAAGUGUUUCAUUCUCUGCUCUGACUCUCUUUGCUGUAUGUGGGACUGGAUGGCAUGAGGAAGAGUUUAAAUUACAAAGAUCCCAACCCAUGGCCUGCUGACCCCUGACCACAGCAGGGCCUGAAGGAGGCUUGGAGAGACCUGGGUUCCCCCAUUGACUAAAACUCCCUCAUAUUUAAAAAAUAAAAUAAAAUAAA